AUGUUGGCAUUGGGCGCGGCUCGAACGCGUCUGGGCCGAGUAGCUACUGCGCCAACACUACGGAUGCAAGCAAGACAGUCCUACUCUACGAAACGCCCGUCGUCUAAUCGCGUGAGGCACAUUGCCAUCGCCAGCCUACUCACUACGCAGGGGCUCUGGUGGUUUAUGACCACUGGCGAUGACGAUGUCCCUCGUCUCGAAAAGCCCCCAACGGAGCAUUUGGUUGUGGAGACCUGUCCCUCGAAAGACUCAGUGACACAGACCAUCUCGCAGGGAUCAUACUCUUUCUCCGUCAGAAAUGUUGCAGGCGUCAACCGAUACGACGGCGCUCAACUGGCUUCCAAUAGCCCCUGCGAGGACCGAUUCACCCACGGCAAAAUCGCUCCCCUAUGGGACGAGAGAACCCCAUGGAUGGCCUGGGCGGUUUUCGACGGACAUGCAGGCUGGCAAACAGCUGCAUUGCUAGAGAAACAGCUGCUUCCAUAUGUGCUACGCACCCUGCGCCAGAUCAAGGCGCCUUCCAACGCGGAAUAUGUCCCAGAGGACCUGGUUCAGCAGGCGAUCGUGGAGGCGUUUAUGAGCCUCGACAACUCGAUUAUCAAGACGGCGUUGGCUACGUCUCAGAGCAACGAUUCGCUGCCAGAGAAGGUGGCCAGACUUCUUCCCGCGUAUGCUGGUUCUUGCGCGUUGCUGUCUCUGUACGAUCCUGUCUCCAGCACUUUGCAUGUUGCGUGUACGGGCGACUCCCGGGCAGUUUUGGGGCAACAACAGCACGACGGCACAUGGGAAGCGGUUUCGUUGUCAGUAGACCAGACCGGUAGCAACGAGGACGAGAUCGCCCGCCUCUGCAAGGAGCACCCAGGCGAAGAGAACAUCGUGAAGGACGGGCGAGUCCUCGGAAUGAUGGUCUCACGAGCCUUUGGGGACAGUCGAUGGAAGUGGUCUUUAGACUUCCAACAGGAUGUGAAGCGGAGAUUUUAUGGCCCAGCACCCCUGACGCCGCGGUACGAUGUUCGCACGCCGCCAUAUCUGACCGCGGAGCCGGUUGUGACCAGUACGAAGAUCGACCCUUGCACGCCGUCGUUCUUAGUCAUGGCUACAGAUGGCAUGUGGGAUACGGUCUCCAGUCAACAAGCUAUCGAGCUCGUGGGGAAAUGGCUGGAAGACCAAACAAAGGAGAAGAAAGUAGACCACCUGGAGGCCACGUACGAGCCGUUCGACUUUGGUCAAUUUUGGAAAGGGGUCAAUUGGAAGUUUGUCGAGGAGAGGACGACAGUCCAGGAUAACAAUGCCGCAGUCCACUUGGUGCGAAACUCUCUCGGUGGGAACCAUCAUGAGUUGGUCGCCGGACGACUUGCCUUUAGCGCACCAUUUUCGCGGAAUGUGAGGGACGACAUCACGGUCCAGGUGGUAUUCUUCAACGUCCCUGGGCUUGGAUGA